GGAAACGCACGAAUGCCUUUUUUACGGUCAGCUUUUCUUUACAUCAUUUUUUUUAUCAUUAUUUUUAAUUUCCAUAUGUACAGUACAUAACUUUAUUGUUGUAUUUGUCAGGGCUGCGAAUACAACUCUGGACGUGAGCGAGAAGGGAAAGGAGGACGUGUAGCCCCUCCCACGUCCGAGUGGGAGAGGCAAAAAGAGAGGGACGGAAAGAAAGAGACGACGACGACGACGACGAGGAGGAGGAGAUGGUGAGAGAGAGCGAGAAGAGGAGAGGGGCCAAGCGAUCGUGGCACAAACCGGGACGACGAUGAGCUCGACGUGAAAGCGCGUUCACGAUGCUUUAAAAAAAUCUCUGUUUCUUUUCUUUUGUUUGUUUGUUUUUUUUAACCUUUUUUUUAACCUUCCGACUUUGAUUUUUUUUUAUUCUGCCCCCUCCCCUCGUUUUUGCGCUCGUGACGACGACGACGACGAGGAGGAGACGCACACGCAGGUGUGACGACGUCUGAAGGCUGAAAGGCGAGGGGAGCCAGCCAGAAUGCCGGAGCAGAGCAACGACUACCGCGUGGUGGUGUUCGGGGCGGGCGGCGUCGGGAAAAGCUCCCUGGUGCUGCGUUUCGUCAAGGGCACCUUCCGCGACACCUACAUCCCCACCGUGGAGGACACGUACCGUCAGGUCAUCAGCUGCGACAAGAGCGUGUGCACGCUGCAGAUCACCGACACCACCGGGAGUCACCAGUUCCCCGCCAUGCAGCGCCUGUCCAUCUCCAAGGGACACGCCUUCAUCCUGGUCUACUCCAUCACCAGCAAGCAGUCGCUGGAGGAGCUCAAGCCCAUCUACCAACAGGUGCUGGCCAUCAAGGGCAACGUGGAGGCCAUCCCCAUCAUGUUGGUGGGCAACAAAAGCGACGAGACCCAGCGCGAGGUGGACACCAAGGACGGCGAGGCGCAGGCCGGCCAGUGGAAGUGCGCCUUCAUGGAGACGUCGGCCAAGACCAACCACAACGUGACCGAGCUCUUCCAGGAGCUGCUCAACCUGGACAAGAAGCGCAACAUGAGCCUCAACAUCGACGGCAAGCGCUCGGGGAAGCAGUCGCGCGCCGAGAGACUGAAGGGCAAGUGCAGCGUCAUGUAGACGAGGAAGAAGGACGACGACGACGAGGAGGAAACGGGAAUCCCCCCACACACACCCCCGCCCCCCCGUCAUUCGCAAUCCUCCUCCCAGUCAUGACUCGGCGCGGAUCAGAGCGGAAUCCGCCAAUCCACCCUCCACAUACUCAUCGUGUAGACAAACUAGAUGUUAAAAGAGUUCCUUCCCCCCGUUCCUCCCCCCCGAGGUGGGGGAGAGCAUGAACGCCACACAAGAAGGAUGUAAAUAAACGCAGUUUACGAGCAGAUCCCCCCCCCCUCCCGCGCCCACCCCGAAAACAAUUUACAGACGAGACAAAACGACAACAAUCCUCUCUCCUCAUUUGUCACCGAAAGUCGGAACGCACACGCGAGACCACACGACGCAACGAUCCUUUUAAGACUCUUUCUGAAAGCCCGACGCGUUUGGGGGACGUCGGGAAACCGGAGCGCUCCAGCGGCCUCGUCUCACCUCGCUUGCUUUUUUUUUUUCCCUCGAGAUGACUCAUCCACGGGAAUGGUUAUUGCCAAGACGGUGAGACUCAAAGGGAAUUGGGAGCUUUCGGAAGGUCAAGAAUGUCUUUUUUUGGGGGGGGGGGCUUGUUUUUGAUGCUUUAAGUCAAAACACCAAAACAAACAAAAGCACACGAGUAUAACAAAAAAAAUAUUUAUUUUCAUUAUGCAGCCUGAAUCCGUAUUAUUUUCUUCAUUCGUUCUUCAUCUCACACUCACGAGUCUAUUUCACGUCGAGACCCGACGACGCCAAAUCCCGCCCUCGGGUCGUGACAUGAGAUCAACGAGAACGUCUGGCGUGACGCGUGGCAACGAUUGUCGGCCCCGUCCCGUCAAAUGUCAUUUCAAACGCAGACCCCGCAAAAUAGCAACUUCAGAGCCAUCGCAAAAGACUGUGCAUUAGUCUGUAUUUGCCUUUUACACAGAACCCAGCAAAAAGCAGGAUAGCGCCCCAAAAGCGAGCGCUUUCACAUCGCAUCCAUAAACGCUCAUGUGAUGCAUGAAGUAGUUUCCGCUUGCCGACGUUUGAUGCUGACACCGUAGGACCAGAAGAGUAAAUGUGAAAAUUUCACACGGGUAGUGUGAAAAUUUCACACGGCUUCCCCCGGCAUUGCUGUAUACCCUUAGGUCUAGCCUCCUUUAAACUGGAGAGUACCCACUCCUCAGUAAAGUGACAAUCUGAGCCGUAACACGAGACCCGAUCGGCCUUUUACGCAGAACCCAGCAAAAGAGAGAGAAAUUGACCCCUGCGUGGGCUUUCACACAGUGACACAGCGGGGCUAUCAACAAAACAAAAGUGAACUUCACAUCACACCACUUUCCUUGCAUUCCGCAACAGCCUGACCCAGGUGUCGCCCCGUCUGUUACCGCUUUCAUACAGAGACCCUGCCAAAUGGCCACAUCAUUUUAUAAAAAAACCCAACCCGGCAUAAAUUGGGAUAUCGCCGCAAACGGCAUGCGCUUUCAUACGAUGAGAAGACAGAUGAGGUAUCAUUGAGUCGUCAGAUUCGUCAUCUCCCAUUCGUGCGUCCGCAUGGGCCAACGCGGGCCGUGUGAAAGGGGCUGUUGUUUCGAUGAUGUCACCUCACGACCCACUGAUGCAUAUAAUCGCCCACUCCACACACUCACACAUUGCACUUUAUGAUAUUAAGGACACACAUUUUUAUACAUUGUACACAUCAUCCCUAUUUAUUUU